GGGAAACAUUUAUGUAACCCGCUUUGUUUAUUAUUGCAUCUGCACUCACCUGUUAAAAUGGGGUUUUUCCUCUCCAAACAGAAGCACUUGUAGAGCCAUAAAUAGAAAUAACACCAUGACGCGCAAGGGGUCCCCAAAAAGCCGGACCCACAUGUCGCACUUACGCAAUUGAUCUCCAUCAAAGCGUGAGGAGCGCUUAUUUAAGCGCAGCAGGCAGGAGGAGCGGGGAUGAACGCGCACCAUCUGUCUGCUCCACUGACCGAGAAACCUUCAGCGCAGACCGGCCACAUGAAGACCGACGGCGCGGCGCAGACGCUCAGCGGCAGGAAGCAGAGUCUGAUCGAGGAUGCGCGCAGGGAGCGCAUCAGCAGCGGCUCCGCGGGGCCCUCACCGGGGCCCUCACGGUUCGGAGACGGAUCCGUGUUCGAGGAGAAGGACGGAAGAAUGAGCGUGAACGUCCUGUUCAGCCUCAGCAACGAGAAAAACUCCGGAUUUUUCCAAACAGGCAAAAUAUUCCAGACGUUUGAGGCCAAACUUCUCCACGUGGAGAGCCGGCCAAAGAGGAAGUCGAAGGAAGGCCUCCCUGACCUGGAGUUCCUCAUCCGGUGCGAAGUCCAUCGCUCGGACCUGGACGUGUUCAUCAACUCCCUGAAACGGGUCGCUGAUGAUGUUCGCUAUCUGCCUGAGGAAAAAGCUCCCUGGUUUCCCCGGCAGAUAAAGGACCUCGACAAGUGUAACCUGCUGAUAACUAAAUUUGAUCCUGACCUGGACUGCGAUCAUCCUGGAUACAAUGACUUGGAAUACAGAAAAAGACGAGCUGUCAUCUCUGAGCUGGCCUUCAGAUACAAACAAGGCGACCCGCUGCCCUCGGUGGAGUACACAACAGAAGAAAUAUCCACAUGGAGGAAGGUUUACCAGCAGCUGAGGAGCAUUUAUCCCAGUCUGGCCUGCAGGCAGUUCCUGGAUGGUCUGCAGCAGCUGGAAAAGGAGUGCGGAUACGGAGAGGAUCGCAUCCCUCAGCUUGGAGACAUUUCUGCCUUUCUGAAAGAAAAAACUGGUUUCCAGCUGCGCCCGGUGGCCGGCCUGCUCUCAGCCAGAGACUUCCUGGCCAGUCUGGCCUUCAGGGUCUUCCAGUGCACCCAGUACAUCCGUCACUCGUCUUCCCCCAUGCACUCCCCUGAACCGGACUGCUGCCAUGAGCUCCUCGGACACAUCCCCAUGUUGGCAGAUAGGGAAUUUGCACAGUUUUCCCAGGAGAUUGGACUUGCCUCACUUGGAGCUUCAGAUGAGGAGAUUGAGAAACUUUCAACGCUCUACUGGUUCACUGUGGAGUUUGGCCUCUGCAAGCAGAAUGGAGAAGUGAAAGCUUACGGUGCAGGUCUCCUUUCCUCAUAUGGAGAGCUUGUUUAUGCCCUGUCAAACAAACCAGAGUACAAGCCAUUCAACCCAGAAGAGACAGCUGUGCAGCCGUACCAGGAUCAAACCUACCAACCGGUUUACUUUGUGUCUGAGAGCUUCGAGGACGCAAAGAUAAAGCUGAGGAAAUACUCUGCAAGCAUCAAGCGUCCCUUUGCUGUCCGCUAUGACCCUUUCACCUGCAACGUGGAGGUUCUGGACCAGCCAAGCAAGAUCCAGAACGCUUUAAGCCAAGUCCGAGAGGACCUGAAGACCCUCCACAGCGCUCUGGAGAAGCUCAGCUCAUCCUAAGUCCAAAACCUAAUCAUCUCCAGAGAUCAGACACAGAAACCUGAAGGAAGGCCAAUUAUUUUUUAAAGUGGCCUGAGUAAACAUUCCCAAA